AUUGACUUCUCAAACCCCGUCCUGGUCUGUUUGGUCUGUUUCGCAAGCGUUCCCGGAAGUGUCGCGAUGUUGCGGCUGUGGGUUUACGAAACUCUGUGACUAAACGCUCGUUUAUGUUUUCUGUUGCUAAACGUAUUGCUACCGUGUGCCCUAAUCUUAUGAAUACGACCCUGAGCACCCAACUACGGGUCCCCCUUGGGUCUUACUGAAAUAACAAACAUGGCUUCCCAAUGCAGUCAUGAAUGGAGAGCAGUGUGCGAAAUUUUUUGUAAUGCUCAAGAUCUCUCUGAAGUAGAAUCAAGAAAAGACCCAGAAAACGACCCUUUUCGAUCGAAGUAUAAGGCAAGGGAGCUUUUGAGAGAGAUAUACUGCUCCUUGAAGAAUUUCGAUGUCGGUGAACACGAGAGCGUCAAUGAUGAAGCAGACCAGCGCCCGACAGAGCAGCCCGUUGACGGAGGAAAUGAGGAGGGCUUUGGGAGAGGCCACUGUGGAGACUCCCCAGCCGGAUCAAGAGCAGCUAAACUCGGGGCGGUGGAGUAUUAUCUUGGUGUAAACCACGUUGAAACAGAAGAGCUGUCUGCUGGAGAGGAACAUUUGAUGAAUUGCAUGACAUUGCUGGAAAAGUGCAGCAUAUCACCAGAGAACGUGUCUUUGUUCAUCCAAGUCAGGAAUCAACUGGGCAUUCUGUGGGCGGGCAGGGAUGAAAUUGAGAAAGCCCAAGGAUUUUUGGAAACUGCAGAAGCAAUGUAUAUUCGUUUCAUGAAAGAGGAUGGGCAACCCCCAAUGGACCUCACUGAGUUCUUUGUGGCAGAGGAAGAUGCAUUACCCCAACAGGAGAGGAUAAAGCGAUUUGAAAUGGCUUAUACCCACACACUGUACUAUCUUGCACAAAUGUACAAGAACUUGGAGCUGUAUGAGAAAGCUGGGGGCUACUGCCACAGUACUCUGCAGAGACAGCUGGAAUUCAACCAGUUCAUUCCUCUGGAAUGGGCCAUCAAUGCAGCCACGUUAUCACAAUAUUACAUCACCAAGACCCUCUACAUGGAGGGCAGGCACUGUCUAUCUGCUGCCAUUGUCAUAGCAGGCCUAGCCGGAGAGGUCCCCUCAGAAGCCGCUGCCCAGGAGAGUGAAGAUGAGGCUGAGAAGCGAGACCAACUUAGACAGAAGAGAGCCGAAAUUGCCAGGUGUUGGAUAAAAUACUGUCUUAAUUUGUUGCAAGAUGCCAAGAAGCUUCUCGAGGACAACAUUGGAGAGCUAGAUGUGGAUCGACAGGCGGAGCUGAGAGCAACACGGCUACAGGAGGAGGAGGAGAAGGAGAGAGGAAGGAAGAGUGCUGUUCUGUUUGGUUCCAGUGACACCUUUGACUCCAUCUGUGGCCUGGAGGAGAAGGUGAGUUGUGUCUUCCCUGUCAACUUUGAGGAGGCCCGCGCCAUCUUUCUGGUUGGCCAGGCCUACGUAAACCAAGCUAAGGAGUACUUUGAGAUGGACGGCCACGUCACAGACCACAUUGAGAUUCUGCAGGACCACAGCGCUCUCUUCAAGGCCCUGGCCUUCUUUGAGGAGGACCUGGAGCGGCGCUGCAAGAUGCACAAGCGGCGGGUGGACAUGAUGGAGCCCAUCUGCAAAGACCUGAACGCCCAGUACUACCUCCUCAUCUGCCGCCAGCUGCAGUUUGAGCUGGCUGAGACCUACUACGAGAUGAUGGAUCUGAAGCUGGCCGUAGCCAACAAGCAGGACGACCUGGACGCGCACACAGUCAAGAAGUUUAACCACCUCUGCUCCUCCUCCACCAAGUUCUACCAGAUGUUCCUCGACUCUGUCCGCUCGCCAGAGGGCAAGUGGCCGGAUAAAUUGGAGGACGAGGUACUGAGGCCAGUCCUCGUGGCUAAGUUCCGGGUGGCUCGUCUCCACAGCAGGCUGAUCUCGUCCAGCACAACCGUUCAGCUGGAGAACCUGAACCGCUCCCUGGAGUGCUACAACUUUGUGGUCCAGUACUGCAAGGACAACCCAGAGGCCAAAAUCGCCAUCGAGACAGAGCUGGAGCUGAGCGAAGAGAUGGUCAGCCUUCUGCCCCUCAAGAUCAACCGACUCAAGGCAAAGUUGGCCUCCUCUAACAGACUCUGAAUGUGCCCUAAACUCCACACUAUAAAGCCUGGUUAAACACCCCUAUCAUAUAUUAAAUGUCAUUCUCCUCAACCCCCAUUUGAUGUUCUGCAUUUCCUGAUGUGUAAUUUGUAUUACUUUUGGACCAAUUAACCACACCUUUUAAUAACUGAAAAUAAUUAGUUAUAUGCAUGAUGCUACAUUCAUUGCCUAAUUUAUUUGUUCUCCUGGCUGAUGGAAAAUAACUAUAAUGUUGUAUGGUAUGUAGAUAUGUAGCUAAAAACGAUAUAAUGGAAACAUGAAUUAACUAAUGUGAUAUUUGUUUUGAAAAGGAUAUGUUUUAAUCUGUUUAUUUCCAACAGACAACCGAAACUCUAAAUAAACAUAACGUGCAAAUAA